GCCGGCACCGCCUUUGUCGACCACCCGAGCUCGACGCCGCAGCGAAUCCGCCGCGUUUUGUCAUCGCCGACCCACUCACAAGCUUCGCCAUCAUCCGCUGAGCACUCCCGUCCCCUCGCCCUCGCUUCCCGUCCACCGGAGCACCCGUUCGGCCGAGUCCCGAGAGCCGCCGGCGACGAGGUUUGCGCCGAUCUCCGGUGAGAUCGCCGCCUGACUGAAUUUGGCAUGUCGAAGCGGCCUUCGUUGGGUAACUGCUCUGGCCGCGCGGCCAAGCGGCCGGCGCAGCAGCGGCAGCAGAAGCAUCUCUACCUGGUGGUGGACGACUGGGAGAAGGGGUACAGCAUCCACAAGGUUGGUGAGGACGACUUCGACUCGGACGCCGACGCCGGCGUGGACGAUCUGCGGCCCGCCAAGUCCCCGGUGGUCCGCAUCGAGGCGCACCAUCCGUACCCGUGGGCCUUGGCGGCUCACGGCAGCAAGAUCUUGGCGAUGUACCCCUCCGACUCCAGCCCGGGCAUCCCCGUGUUCGACACCGAGACCCUGGGAGUGACAGUAUACCCGUAUCCGCGGAGCCGCUAUGCCAUCAGAGCCUAUAAACCCGUGUACGCCUCCGUCGGCGACAGGCUCGUGGCGUUUGUUUUCCCCCACCUCGAGGUGCUCGGCCCCGAGCCGCCGCCGCUGCCACCCAUCGAGACCGAAAUGCCGUGGUCUUGGACCAGCGUCGAACCGGUCGCGCCGUUCGCGUCCUGCCUCGUCAGCAGCUACGCAUUGCACCCCGAUGGGCGCACAAUCUUCAUGUCCGUGAAGGGCUGGCAGCCCAACCCCGAUCAAACGCUCUCCUUUCGGGGCCAACGGAAUAGCACCUUCACCUUGGACACGGAAAGCCUCGAGUGGACCUACCUGGGCGAGUGGCUGCUGCCGUUCAAGGAUCGAGCCUACUACGACCGCGAGCUGGACGCCUGGGUCGGCCUCUGCCUCUACAAGGAAGGUGUCGGGCACGUCUGCAGCUGCGACGUCCCACCCGCUGCCGGGUGCGAGACCAUGCCCGCCUGGAAGCUCGGCAACGACUUGUUCUUCGACAUGAACUCUGAGACGCACGUGGGCGCCACGCUGGUGUAUAUGGGUGACAGCAGGUUCUGCCUGGUCGAGUGCCGGCAUCACAAGGAUUACAACUUGUACCCGAGCCUCCGUGUGCUCGCUAUGGACUCUUUUGUGCUCAAGUACAGUAAGGAGGGAGACCUGCGAACCGCACAUCAUCGGGCUUAUGCAUCCAUGUCGUACCACCAGAGCGCUUAUGAGUUUGGUCAACCAAUAUCAAACCCUGUAGCAUUCUGGAUGUAA